CACCUCAUCAACGACUUCACCAUCAAACAGAUGCGUCAAGGUGCAUUCCUGGUCAACUCGGCACGGGGAGGUCUGGUGGAUGAGAAAGCUUUGGCUCAGGCCCUGAAAGAAGGCCGGAUACGGGGAGCCGCCUUGGAUGUUCACGAGUCGGAGCCUUUCAGUUUUUCCCAAGGUCCUCUGAAAGACGCGCCCAACUUGAUUUGCACACCCCACACCGCCUGGUAUAGCGAGCAGGCGUCACUGGAGAUGAGAGAGGCCGCCGCCACAGAAAUACGCAGAGCCAUCACUGGCCGUAUUCCCGACAGCCUCCGAAACUGCGUCAACAAAGAAUUCUUUGUUACCACGGCACCCUGGGGAAUGAUGGAGCAGCAGCAGCAGCAGCAGCCUCAAGUUCACCCUGAGAUGAAUGGUGCCGCCUACAGAUUCCCUCCUGGCGUUGUGGGCGUCGCCCCCAGCGGGAUUCCCGGACCUAUGGAGGGGUUGGUGCCUGGGGGAGUGCCCAUCACCCACACCCUGCCCCCCGGUACCCAUCCGUCACAGGCCACCUCUCCCAACCAACCCUCCAAACAUGGCGACCCCAUGAGAGAGCACAUGACAGAGCAGUAGGACUGCUGCUGGAAUUGAAAAGGGGGCUACAACCGGCAUAAACAAAAAUAAAAAAAACAACAACUACCAACUCAACCAUCCAACUGUACGCUUGACUUCAGCCAUCUGAACCUACCAGCAGACUGCCUGCCGGGCAACGGUUCACAUGUUUUCUUUUUGUAUGAAACCACUACGCUCAAGUGAGGACAGUGGAUGUUAUUACGCACAUGAGCUGCCACGCUGAGAUGGGACUGACCGUCAAAUUCAUGCGCCGAAGAUCUGAAAGGUUUCCUCCCACGUAUCUGUUUUUGUUCUUCAUUGAUGCAAGUGAUGUUUUUGUUUUUAUCUUUCUUUUUGAGUAUAUUUUAGGGGAGAUUCCUCCUGACUUCUGGGACACGUUGACAUUUCCACGUGCAGGAUGGAAAUCUGACCCGCCCUCCCUGGUUUAAAGGAAGAGCUUGAAAGGACAGUGACUUCAUGAACAAUCCGUCAAGCCUCCGCGUCACCCUCCUUGCUUGUCAAUUUCACUCAUUUCAGCGCAAACAUGUCAUUUAUUUAGUUUAGUUUUUUCUACUUUCCUUUGUUUUUUCCUAUACUAUGUGUUUCUGUUGCAAGUGAAUGUCUGUUUUUCUGUUCUUCAAUGUGUGGAAAAAAAAAAAUGAAUGGAUUUACAGUUACACUUAGCAGACAAGAAACAGCAUCUGCUGUCUCUAUCAGAGAUCUGGACUCCAUCUUUGCUCUGUUCUAAUUGUCGUGGCUGGUGGCCCUUGAAUGUAGAGACGAGAUGCGGGGCAGUAGAUGUGGUUUCCAGUUCCAGGAAUAAUAUUUUAGGCUUAUGAGGUACAAAAAUCCCCCUUUUAAACCAAAAAAAAGGAGAGAAAAAAACUGACUGCCAUUUGUAGUUAGCUAUUGUACGUUGAGUGUGCCACAUCAAUUAAAUAUUGUUGUUGUAACUUUUCCAAUUCUGCUGAACUGAGGUACCGACAAAAUUUGAUUAUUGCCAUGACCUGUGUCCCACAUUAAAAUCUGUUUGCAUUCAAAGGACCUACAGUACUUUGCAGCACCAGCUAACGACGAAGGAAAAACAAACAGUAAAUAUCUUACUGACUCAGGAAAAAAAAUGAACCCUCAAAUAUGUCCAAACAGAAAAGAAAAAAUUGGAUUUAUUGCUAUUCAUGUCUCCACCUCUUUCUCCAUUGUGGUAUUAUUAUUUUUUAUAUAUAUAUCAAAUGUAAGUUUUUUUUGAUGUUCAAGGUUUUCAGUCCUGUUAGAUUUGUAUUGCCUUGUUAAAUGUUCUUAUAAUCAUAGUCUUAUGUGAACAACCACACCCUCUAUAGUUUCUUCCGUUUAGUUUUUCUGCUCUGAUGAAAGCCAGCUGUGGCUCUCGGAGGCAUCCUGCCCUCUGUGAACAACAGCAGCCACAUCCAUCCCUUUUAGCCCCAUGACGUCAGCAAGAGACGGCUGCUAGCAGAUUGUUUGGUUUUUAGUGUGAGUAUUUGUAUUUGUUUCUUGUACAAGGUGAAAAUAUAGCAUACAGUGCAGCUGGAAACAAUAAAUAAAACUUACUGUUCUGAUUGAU